AUGAGUGACACCGUGGACAAGGACAGCGUCUUCGCGAACUACAAGUCGGUGUUUUCGCGCCAGUUUGCGGUGUCCUUGGCGGUGGAGUUUGUAGGCGUGAUGUUCUUCCAGAUACUGGGGGGCACUUCUGCUCCAGAGUACGCACCAUAUGUGAAUGGUUUCGCCUUGGCCGUGUGGAUCUACGUGGCUGCCAACAUCAGCGGAGGUCACCUGAAUCCUGCGGUGAGCUUCAGCACAGCUGUUUGCGGCUUCUACCCCGUUAUCCACACGGUGAUCUACAUUGCCCUCCAGAUCAUUGGAGCCAUUGUUGGUGCCUGGGUCACAGCUGGGCUGGUGCCUGGAGCUAGCAGCCUCAUUGGCACAGGGGCCACAGGCCCAGGCUGCUUUGACCGCAGUGUGAUCAAAGACGUCACGGACGGCCAGGUCUUCGGCUGGGAGUGCGUCAUGACCUUUACCCUCAUUUCUUGCGUCUAUGCUUGUGGUGUGGCCAAGCCAGGCCACGGCAGCCACACUCCCUUUGCUGUGGGCCUUGCUCUUCUCGCCUCUGCGGGCUCCGGUGGCCAGUACACAGGUGCCGCCCUGAACCCUGCUCGGGUCCUAGGCCCCAGGGCUGUCUUUCAAUGCGGCAAGGAUGUGACUGGCCUCUACAUUGGAGGUCAGUUUGUUGCCGCAUUGCUGGCCAUGUCUGUCUUCGCCUUCGUCUCAGGGCUUGGCCCGCUGAACCCCUUCAUUGCCAAGCGGGCUUUGCAACUCUCCUGGCCCGAGGCUGUCUACCUCUGGAUCACAGGAUCGCCGCCCAGCCGACUCCAGAAGACCGGACGUGAGAAUAUCAAUGACUUCAAGCAGAUGUUCUCUGAGUACUACGCAAGUGAAACCACAUCGGAGGCGCCGACGUCCCACAUCUUCAAUGUUGAGCGCUUCUUCGGCAUCCGGAAGCCUGCGGCCAAUGCGGUAGCGGGAGACGCUGCGUGA